AUGGCACCAUCAAAAAAUACUCGUAACAAACAGUCUGCCCAACCCCAAAGGUCCGAGAGGGAACCCUCACCUUACUACCAUAGGAAGUCAGCUCGAACACGGUCUCCUACGGUUCAGACAAUGGAUCCUAACCUGGAAUUGUCCCAAGAAAACCGGUCAUCCCCCUCUCGGGAAAUACAGCAUGUUGACCCCCAACCACUGUUCACAACUGACAUAGCCCACAUAGCAGCUCAGUUGCAGCAGACCCUACAGCAAAGCCUCAUGCAAAUGCUCACCACUCUCAAACAGGGGAAAGGCCAAAACCAGCUCGGCAAUGCUCCUCAGCCUCGGGACCAUGGUCGGGGGCGUUCCCAGAGGAAAGACCACGACCCCCGCGCCGCCCGUGGCAAGCCUAACCGGCAAAGGUCAGCCACCAAGGAGCCCGGUCGGUCUCAAAUAGAACCAUCAAGGCAGGAUGAGCGCCCCCCACCUAGGGAGAGGUCAGCUCGUCGCAAAUCCGCUCUCAGACAAGAAGAAACCCAUGUCUCUAAGUCGCCGAGGGGGGACCCUCGUCGCAAGCCAGAGGAUGCUGGGCACUUCCUCAAUGAGAAGCGCCGCAGUCAGGGGUAUGAUGCCCGCCAACUCCUAGAUAAAAAAGUAGCUCAGCGGGAGGGGCAAGGUGACUCGGCACACUCCAAACCCCUGAGGUUGGGCAAUGGGAGUCAGAAAUUUAUGACCCUGUUUAGCCGGGAGAUCGUAGAUACCCCUACCCAAGGAAAGAUCAAAACUCCCCAGAUCGAGUAG